UCAGGACGAACAAUGGUAUAUAAAGUCCACACUGACAUGGCUUUCAUCACCUUAAAACAGAGCAGAACGAAAAAGAAGAUGUCUCCGAAAUUGACGAUUCUCUUUUUUGCCGCCUUUCUAUUCGUGGCUCGUGCAGUCCCGGUCUCCGAAGACGAUGAUGACGAUGACAUCAUAGAGGAAGCCGAACGAGCAGACGACAAUAAUGUCGAUUUGAGUGAUUUGACCGAGGAGGACUUCCGUGAUAUCGUGCAGCAUGUCCAGGAAAAUCUCAGACGAGCAGUCGACGAAAUGAGCCUAGACGAGGUUGAGAUGGUCCAUGACGAAAAGAGUCUCGAGAAGAGAUUUUUGAAGAACUGGAAACUUGGAAGAGGUUGGUCCGCCGGAACUAGUGGAAUAUCGUGGCAGAACCGCCGAGGAAACAUGCGCUUUAACAUCAAACCGACGUUUAGGAACGGUGGGGGAUUUAGGGCGGGUUUCACGUGGAGAUUUUAAAUUUAGUCGUUUAACAGCUAACGAGUUUCGAGCAAGAGGUUUACGUUGAGAUUAUAAUGUUCUUAACGAAAUUAAAGUUAUGAAAUCAAAUCUU